AUGAAAUUCACAUUAAGUUUAUCAAUUUUAUCAACAAUCUUAGCUGUUGUUGACGCAUCAGUCAGAACUCCAAAGACUAAACCUUAUUCACAAGAUUCAUUGGAGCAAUUCCAAUUGUUAAGAUAUACAGGUACCACUGGUCCUUAUAUUGCACAUAGAGGGUUUGGGAUUGAUUCUUCAACUCCAGAACAAUGUGAAGUUACUCAAGCACAUUUAUUUAUGAGACAUGGUGAACGUUAUCCAACAAAAGGUACUGGUAAAGCACAAAAGAGCAUUCUUACAAAAUUAAAGAAUGCUGGAGUUGAAGAUUUUAAAGGUCCAUUGGCAUUCAUUAAAGAUUAUGAAUUUUUCGUUGAAGAUGAUUCUUAUUUGGAAUUUGAAUCUUAUAAAGGGUAUUAUUCAGGUUUAGCUGAUUUAAAUUCCUUUGGUGCUGAAUUUAGAGCUAAAUAUGAUCAUUUAUUUGAUGGUGAAACUGUUCAUCCUGUUUUCGUUUCAGGUCAAGAAAGAGUUGUUGAAAGUGCUAGAGCUUUCGCUCAAGGGUUUUUUGCUCAUAAUUAUACAAAUUUAGCUUCUAUUCAAAUUAUCCCAGAGAAUGAAACUCAAGGUGCUAACACAUUAACAACACAUGAUGCUUGUGUUAACUAUAAUGGUUCUUUCAAUGAUGCGUUAACUAGUCAAUUUUCAUCUGAAUAUCUUGAAAGAGCAGCAAUCAGAUUAAACAAUGCUUCCCGGGGUUUCAACAUUAGUGGCGAUGAUGUUUAUAACUUAUUAGGUUAUUGUGGAUUUGAAUUAAAUGUUCGUGGUGAAUCAGCAGUUUGCGAAAUUUUCACACAAGAAGAAUUAUUAAAUUGGGCUUAUUCAAAAGAUUUAGAAUUUUAUUAUAAAAAUGGUCCUGGUUAUGACUUAUCAACUCCAUUGGGUCAUGUUUUUGCUAAUAAUACUUAUACUUUAUUAAAACAAGGUAAAGAAUAUCCAUACAAUUUAACUUUUUCAUUUUCUCAUGAUAGUGAUUUAUUAACAUAUACCACUGCAUUAGGUAUUUUUGAGCCAGAUUAUGAUUUAUCAGUUGAAGAAAUUGAAUUUGGUUCAAUUUUCCGCUCUUCAGAAAUAAUUCCAAUGGGUGGUAGAUUAAGUACUGAAAAAUUAAGUUGUAAAGAUGUUUUCACAAAUGAAACUGAAGAUUUUGUUAGAUUGAUAGCUAAUGAUGCUGUUAUUCCAAUUCCUGGAUGUCAAUCUGGUCCUGGUUUUAGUUGUUCAUUAGACGGUUACAAAAAAAACUUGGAUGAAAGACUAGGUAAUACCACUUAUGUUGAAGCAUGUGGUGUCAAUGAAACUUAUCCACAAUAUACCACUUUCUAUUGGGAUUUCGAUAUCACUUUUGAUGAUAAUUAA